AUGAUAUCAGAUUCAGAAGAAUCAUCAAUUGAUAAUAAUGACUAUACUAUAGAUGAUUAUUACAAAUUGGUCAAACCUUUAUUUGUUCAUAAAAAUAUAAAAAUUAAUGCCUCAACUUUAAAUGAUCAUAAAUUACUAAGAACAAUAGUCGAUUUCAAUUUAUCUCAUUCCUUACUACUAAAAAAUCAACAAAAGAGGGAGUUAGAAUUGGGGGAUUUGAUAUCUACUAAGAUAAAUUAUGUUGAUAGUUUAAUUACAAGAAUAAAACCAAAUCCUACUCAUCAUAAAAUUACACCAACAUCGACAUCAUCUUCAUCAGCUCCGACAGUUCAAUAUAGUGGAUGCUUUAGAAACAAAUAUAUCGAGUUUUGCCCUCAUUUUGCCUUAAGUGCUUAUUUAUUCAGUAGGUUUCAUAUUCCAGAUGAAUAUGGUGCGUUUGAAUUUUCUUUGGGGGUAAAUUUAAAUACUAGUGACGCAAUAAAAAAAUUAUCAUUAUUAGACUUAAAGUUAUUGAAAGGUAAUAAUAAAUUAGUUCCAAUUUCAUAUAGCCAACAACAUAAAUCAUCUAUUGCAGCUUUGAAUAUAAGUUCAUACAAUUAUAAAGAUGUUAAUUUAACAAAAUUAUUAACUGCGCAAGGUUUUGAUAUUACUGAAAAAUUAUUAUCACCUUCUAUUAAUAAAUUACCAAGUCAAAUUUUGUUACAAUUAGCAGGGUUUGAAAGUUUUCAAGAAUAUGAUAUUACCAGAAAUUCUAUAGAACCACCAGCUGAACUUUUAAAUCAAAUUUUUUCUUUUAUUAAUGAAGAAGAAUUAAAUGAAGAAGAAAUGAGGGUUGAUCAAACCAAUACUGAAGGUAAAGAAGAUGUGGAGCAGGUGAAAAAUUUAUUUGCUAUGUUGAGGAGAAGUUUAUGUCAAGAUAUGAUAAUUAUUAAAAAACGAUAUCCAGCUAAUCCACUUUCAAAAAGUGAAAUUUUUAAUUCAGUACAAUUUUUAAAUUUUGCAAAUGAAGUUGAGAAUAGUGGUAAAAUUGAAACGUUAAUUCGUGAUACUUGUUUUAAUCCAAAUGAUGAUGAAACAGAAAGUGAUUAUGAUGAAAAUUGGCCAUCAAUAUCUUCAUCUACCGAUUCUGAAACAAGACAAAAAAUAUCCGAAGUGAUAGAGUUCCAAAAUUUAAAAUUGAAAGCACUAGAAAACCAAUUAUUACAAAACACUCAACAACAAACCAAAAAUCAAGAAUUGAUAUAUGAUUUUAUAAAAAGUCAAACUAAUAUUUUUCAAAAACAUAGUGAGAAUUUACAAAAAAUUCAAAAUUCAAUAAAUGGGUUAUUUAUUUUAAUGUCGUCAAAAAAUCCAAAUUCCUUAACUUUAGCAAAGCAGAAUUUACAAGAAACUCAAAAUUUUAUAAGUAAUGAAGAAUCAAAAAAUAUUCAAUCCGGUAUUGUCAAUACUUUAGAUUUAUUAAAUCAACUAAAUCAACAACAACAGUUACAACAACAACAACAACAUUAUCAACAAAGUAUACACCUACAACGAAAACCAUCACAACCACUUUCACAACCCCCGGUGACUCAAUUGAAUCAACUGAGACAACAAAGUGAUAGUCUACACUCACAAAUAUCUUCACAACGCUACUCACAAUCAUCGUCUCAACCAAAAUCACAACUGGUACUGCAACCACAACCUGUAUCUGCUCAACCACAUGUAAUCCCUUCUUUUGGUAGUCAACAGUACUAUCAACAACCACAACAACAACCUCACCACACACAACAUCAACCGGUAACAUUUGCUCAUCCUCAGCAACCACAAACUCAACCUACCCAAGUCAUUUCUCAUGUACUUCAACAACACUCAUUUCCAGCAACAUCAAGUUCAACUUCAACAAGCUCACCAUAUUUUGCAACUGCAUCACCACAAGUUCAUCAGGUACCUCAACCUCAUUCACAUCCCAACUAUACAUUGAUACAACAACAAAAACCUCCACCACCACCAACUACUUCAUCAUCUUUACCGCAUUUACAUCAGCAACAUUUACAUCAUCAUCCACAUCAACCAUAUCAACCGAAUUUACCAAGGUCGAACCUGUUGUCACCAAUAUCUAAACCACCAAUGCAACAACAACCACAACAAGAAAAGAAAAUUAAAACUAAGAGAGAUUUAACUUUAGAAAAAAGAUUAUCAAGACAAGCAACAACAUUAUAUGAAAUGUGGGAUGAUUUUAAGAAUUUAGAGGAUGAAUUGAAAAGUCAAGAUAUUUCAAUAACAGAAUGGCUAAAAGUUCAUGGAUCAUCAGAGAGACAAUUUAGGCAUACAAGAUUAAAAAUCAUAAAAUUUAUUGAAGAAGAGAGUAUAAGAAGAAAUUGUAAUGUUGAAAUUAUAAAAGAGAAAUUACACAAUAAAAUGAGAAAUAGAUUAAGACCUUGGACUCUAGAUGAGGUUCAAAGAAUGUUGACAUCUGGUAAAAGAAUUGAUUUGGAUGAUAGUAGAUAA